AAGAUCGAGCCAUGAAUUGCAAAGAUAGAUAUAUACAUACUGACACGAGGGUGAUUCUGUAAGGAUCGGGAGAAGCUUGUCCCAUCGCGGACAUGCGCUCAUCGUCAACGUUCAUCUUGCAGUUUGGGUCCUGAGGCUAUAUCCUGCCUCUCUUUCCUACUUUGUUGCCGGACUAUUCUGGGACUUGUCUUCUCACAGCCACUCCAUUUUACCCCUCUCUCUCUCUCUCUCUCUCUCUCUGCAUUACUCAUUGAGAAUUCCACAAUCUCUUUCCCUUCCUCGUCUCUCAGCUUCCAACAGACUAUCCUGGGAUUCCGAAGGCAAGAAUUGCCUUAAACAAGCAAUUCUUAUCCCCAGGAUCUGACAUUGGUGACGUUCCUGAGCAUCGGUUUUCCCAACGACCGAGGGUUGACGCCCGUAUCAUUUCGAAGGUCACCUGCAUAGUCUGGUAGCGUGCUUGAGGAAGGAUUCACCGGCGUUAUUUUGAAUCUUGAUGAGUGUCGAAUGAUAAGGGUCAGAGGAUGCUUAUAUGGGUUGAAAAGCAGACGAGGGUCCAGUUGAGACCAUGAUGAAUGAGGCCAGGGAAGAUUCAAGCCAGAAAAUCAAAAUAGGCAGAGCUGACGGGAACUUCGGCGACGUAUGUUCUCAGACAGGUGAAGAGUUUUCGGUUGAGUUCUUAAGGGAUCGGAUGGGCGUCCGGAGAAUCCACGUGAUGCCGAAAGCGGAUCAUUUCCUGCCAGAGAGUCCGAGCUUCAAUUUUUUGAAGGAUCAACAUGUAGUUUACGAGGAGGCGGGUGGCCUGCUCCGGCACACCGGAGGGAAGUCGUACGCCAAUGCGGAUUUCGCUAAUGUCAUGGCUAAACCUAUGCCGAGUCCGUACAUGGAGAGCCCCACUCAUUUGGAUUAUACAGCAAGGCCUCAAGGAGAAUACGAUUUUCUCGGGCAACGGUCCAAUGUAUACUACGACGAUGCCGCUCAUGCUCGAGGCGCCAUGGAUCCGCCCUAUUCCUCGGGGUCGCCUCAGUCGUACUUUCAUCAGGGACCAGGAAUCAUCACGCAGGGCUCUUCCCAUUUCAAGAUGAAGUUACUUUGUAGCUAUGGUGGACGGAUUUUUCCGAGGCCUAGCGAUGGGAAGCUUCGGUACGUUGGUGGCGAAACCCGCAUCAUAUCCAUAAGGAAGAACCUCUCCUGGGAAGAACUCAUGAAGAAGACCUCAGCGAUCUGCAACCAGCCUCAUACCAUCAAAUAUCAACUACCUGGUGAAGAUCUCGACGCGCUGAUCUCGGUUUGUUCCGACGAGGACCUACAGAAUAUGAUAGAGGAAUAUCAUGAGCUCGAAAAAGUCGGUACUUGUCAGAGACUCCGGAUAUUUCUCGUCCCCUUGACCGAGAUAGAGAGCCCGAAUUCCUUCGAAGCUAGAUUAUCAGCUGAGCAGCAAGCCGUCGAUUAUCAAUACGUCAUCGCCGUUAAUGGGGUAUUGGAUCGGAGCCCACAAAAGAGCGCAAAAGGACAGAUUCCGGCGAGCCAAGUAAUGCAUCAGGGCACAACGUCCUCAGACAACAGCCCAAGUUGUCUUAGAGACUCUCCAACGUUCGUUCAGCCUCUAGAAAUCCACGAUUAUAGCCCGAAAUACUCGAAUUUGGCAAGAACAAGUUCGAAUCCUUCCGCUCAAUUAUUGACAGUGAGACAGAUCUCCAACAAUCUUCAUGACCUUUCUCCCCCGGCGACUCAGGUUCCACCACAGAAGAGGGAUUUGACGAAUCACGGUCAUGUGAAUGAGAGCAAUAGGCAUUUUGUGCUGGACAAGCAUCCUAGUGAUAAGUCCUACUAUCAUGACAAUGCCAAUCAUCAAAAUCCUACAUCUACUCAGCCUCUUCAACUGAUCGACUUGCGAAUACCGAACUUGUUUGAAGCCGAACAUAUAUAUAGACAAAGAGGCACUCAUGUUCCCGAUCAGAACAUUGCAGAAGAUUUCGUGCCAGCAUCAUGCUACGGUCUGUUCGACAUCAAUUUCAGUAGGCCUAUACUCAAGGCAAGGGUGUUCCAUUCAGAUAAACUCGCAACUCAUCCUGAAGACCCGGCGUCUCAGCUUCUGGAAUCUCCUGAACUGGAUGACCCUCAUUACGGAUUGAUGCACGUGCUAUCGGACUCACAGUUGGAAGGACUUUACAGGGGAUCAACGCAUUCUACAGAGGAAGGAACAAUUUCAUGUUCAUUGAGUUUUUCGACAGAGAAGGUCCCCUUGCUGGCAACUUCAAGCCAUUCUUCGCGUGAAUGGAAGAUGAAGUCACAGGACCUAACUGCUGCAAAAUAUCAGGAAAGCACAUCUGGUUCGCACUCGAAUGAGGAGGCGCGAAUGAUCAGGGACCAAACAGUACUGGAGUGGCAAGAUGACAAAGAUUCCAAUUCCUUUCAAGAGAAAAAGCAAUUUAGAGUAGUCCUUGUUGACGAGGAUUGCGUGAACAUGCUACAAGAGCACAAGGCAAGUUCCAACAUUGAACUAAACGUUUCCUCAGAGAGCCAAAAAUAUAGCCUUGCACCUCAUGAAGAUGUGAAACGAAUGGGAUGUAUUGAAUCAGCUUUCAAAGAUCAGCAUGGACAGAACCCUGUGCGGACUCAUGGAUCACCUAACCAAGUUCCUGAACUCGUUGUGUCUUCAGUCUCUCCUAAUCAUUCUUGCAAAGAGAGAAAAUCCCAUGAAGAGGGUUUGUUGGACGGCGCUGGAGAAGUCAGCUCUGAGGCAAGAUUCAAUAAGGGAUUGAAACCUGUAAAUGUAAUGCCUCCUCGCAAAGAAAAUCAUCGGAACAUUGUCCAGCCAAUAUCGGUGAUCGUUGAGGAUGUAACUGAGAAUAUGCCUCUUGACAUCCCCAUUUCCUCAAGUUCAGUGGCGCAUAUCCAGGAUGACCCUACUGAUAGCAUCUCAUCCGCUAUAGAAACAGAAGGCGAAAGCAUUGCUGCUGAUACUGACUAUGAGGAUGUGAAAAGCGAUGGCCAUGAUGCAGAUGACCCCAUAUCUGAUGCAGUGAUAGCUGAAAUCGAAGCUGGCAUCUACGGUUUGCAGAUCAUAAAGAACGCCGACCUGGAAGAACUACAAGAAUUAGGAUCCGGCACAUUCGGGACGGUUUAUCACGGCAAAUGGAGAGGGACAGAUGUCGCCAUCAAAAGAAUUAAGAAAAGUUGUUUUGCAGGAAGAUCGUCCGAGCAAGAUCGCAUAACAAAAGAUUUCUGGAGAGAGGCGAAGAUCUUGUCGAAUCUUCAUCAUCCCAACGUCGUGGCAUUCUAUGGAGUUGUUCCUGAUGGCCCUGGUGGGACAUUGGCAACGGUGACCGAGUUCAUGGUUAAUGGCUCACUCAGACAUAAUCUAGUAAAAAACAACAGAGCUUUGGACCGUCGGAAAAAGCUUAUGAUAGCAAUGGAUGCAGCUUUCGGGAUGGAGUAUCUGCAUUUCAAGAACAUCGUCCAUUUCGACUUGAAGUGCGACAAUCUGCUUGUCAAUUUGAAGGAUCCCCGUCGACCAAUUUGCAAGGUCGCAGAUUUCGGCUUGUCGAGGAUCAAACAGAACACUUUCGUGUCGGGUGGAAUCCGGGGUACGCUCCCCUGGAUGGCGCCCGAGCUCUUGAACGGUACUAACAACCGAGUCUCGGAGAAGGUGGAUAUCUUCUCAUUCGGGAUCGCCAUGUGGGAGAUGUUGACCGGCGAAGAACCUUAUGCUAACAUGCACUGUGGUGCAAUCAUAGGGGGCAUUGUCAGCAACACGCUGAGGCCGCCGAUACCGGAGGGGUGCGAUCCGGAGUGGAAGGAACUGAUGGAGGAGUGCUGGUCUGCUGAUCCCUCGAGGCGGCCGUCCUUCACGCAGAUCACCAUGAGGCUGCAGACCAUGCUGAAGACUCUCCAGACCAAGCGAUACGCCGAGAAGCCCAAGUACUGAUCGCCGCGGACCGGAUCGGACCGGACUGCACUGCAUCGAACUCUUCUUGUACUGAAAUUUUGUAUAUAUAGCCUGCUAGCCAAGGUUCACAAAGCACAAACAAGGAAGAAAAGGAGGAGAGAGUCAACUUAUGAUUGUGCAUUCUAGGAGGGGAGGAUUUUGACGUUCCAUGACAUGUCAUUAGGGGUUGAAGA